AAUACAUGUGCAGUAACUAUAAACAGCACAAGGCCAUUGUUGUUUGCUUGCUAGACGGUUUGAGGUCAUUUUGUUAAACCGAAAAUGAUUAAAGGUGAGUUUAAAGGCGGUGACGAGGAGCUUGUGGUCCUUCCAGAGAAGCUGGAGAAGAAACUGAUGCCGUUUCAGCGCCAUGGAGUCAAAUUCGCUCUUUCUAGAGCUGGAAGGUGUUUGAUUGCCGAUGAGAUGGGGCUUGGAAAGACGGUGCAGGCCAUUUCGGUGGCGUACAUCUACAGACACGAGUGGCCUCUCCUGAUCGUGGUGCCGUCGUCACUGAAGUACCCGUGGAUCGAGGAGCUGGAGCGCUGGCUUCCUGAACUCCAUCCCGGCGACAUCAACCUGGUGUAGAGCAAAGCUGAUAUCAUGGGGAUCAGCCAGAGCAAAGUGACAGUUCUGGGCUACGGAUUGCUCACCAACGAUGCACAGUCCCUGGUGGAGACGCUGAAAAAGCAGCACUUUGGUGUGGUCAUAGUGGACGAGUCGCAUUACCUGAAGUCCCGGAAUGCAGCGAGGACAAAGAUCUUGGUCCCCCUGAUCCAAAACGCCAAACGCGCAAUCCUGCUGACAGGAACUCCGGCGCUUGGCAGACCAGAAGAGCUCUUCAUGCAGAUCGAAGCUCUGUAUCCGAGGCGCUUCGGCACGUGGAGCGAGUACGCCAAGACAUACUGCAACGCUCACUACAGAUUCUUCGGGAGCAGGCGUCAGUGGGAUUGCCGUGGAGCGUCUCAUCUGGACGAGCUGCACCAGAGGCUCAGCGAGAUCAUGAUCCGCAGACUUAAAGCCGAAGUGCUCACACAGCUGCCGGCCAAAAUCCGUCAGAGAAUCCCUUUCGACCUGCCAAAAGAGGCGGCCAAGGAAGCCAGCUCCAGUCUGGAGAAGUGGGAGAGCGUAAUGUGCUCUCUGGGCUCUGGCCAGUCGCAGAACGAGAACCCGUUUACAGAAGUGAUGGGUCUCAUCACGCAGAUGUACAAGCAGACUGCAAUAGCUAAGGCAGGAGCUGUGAAGGACUACAUAAAGAUGAUGCUGGAGACAGAGCAGCUGAAGUUUCUGGUUUUUGCGCAUCACCUCAGCAUGCUGCAGGCGUGUACCGAGGCUGUGAUUGAGGCCAAGGCCAGUUAUAUCCGGAUCGAUGGCAGCGUUCCUUCCGCAGAGAGGAUCCAGCUGGUCCACCGCUUCCAGAACGAUCCGGAGACACGGGUUGCUAUUCUGAGCAUACAGGCGGCGGGACAGGGUCUGACCUUGACGGCGGCGUCUCACGUGGUGUUUGCCGAGCUCUACUGGAACCCCGGGCACGUGAAGCAGGCGGAGGACCGGGCGCACCGCAUCGGCCAAACCUCGUCCGUACACGUUCACUACCUCAUCGCCAAGGGAACGUUCGAUGUGGUCAUGUGGGCCAUGCUGAACCGGAAGGAAACAGUGACUGGUAGCACUCUGAACGGGAGGAAGGAUUACCUGAGAGCGGACGAGGCGGAUAAGGAGAAAUGGGAUUUUCUGAACUUCGCUCAGGCUUGGACACCGAGCGACAGCAUCACCGGCGAUGCAGAGGAUGAGAAAGAUGGGGUCUUCUUCUCACAUUUUGAGAAAGACAAACAGCACGACAUCCGCAACUUUUUCUCUCCCGUCUCGGACAAAAAGAGGAAGAGAACAGACGACUCGUCCAUCACCGGCUCUCCUCAAACACCUUCACAAGACCAGCAGGGAACCAAUCAAAGCCCCUGUAGCCGCAGCCCUGAUUUAGCCAAUCAGGAUGUGGAUUUCUGUCCCCAGGUGAAACGUGUGAAACAGGCUACUCCAUUGUCUCGCCACGGGGGGAAGAGAAGUCCCAUGACGCCUCUCGGUGCACCACGCCGGCUCUCGGCAGGACCGCAAACCCCCCACAGCCAGAAGUGGAGCUGCCCACUCUGUACAUUCUCCAACAGCGGCCUGCUGCUGCGCUGCGAAAUGUGUGAGACGCCGCGAGCUCAGAGAGCUCACAGCCCUCCUGCGUCUCCCUCCCCUUCUGCCUCCCGCUCCGUCUCCAGUCCCUGCAUCACGCUUUCAGACACAGAAGAAGACAACAGCACCCCCAAAAGACCGCAAACUCCCGUCCGCACGUCAGAACCAGUCGGUCCUCAACACACUCCUUCUGACGCUAAUGACAGCCGUGAGCCAGAGCCGGGAGAUGACUCUCUGCCUGUGUAUGACAGCCUGAAGUUCUGUGCCAGCAAAAAUACUGAUAGGAUCUACAUUUACAACAAGGAUGGUCUCCCACUCAACUGCAACUUUGUUCCUUUGGAUAUCAGACUACAGAACUGGGAGGACUUGCCUCCGGAGUUCAGUCGCAGUGAGAACCGGAGACACUUGGUGCGGUUUGUGCGUGAGUGGAGCUUUCUGACGGCGAUGAAGCAAAGGAUAGUGAGGAAGAGUGGCAAAGUCUUUCAAAGCCCGAUUCUGCUUGUGGAUGAGCUCACACACGCACAGCGUCGACACAGUAGCACCAAGAGGUAUCUUUCUAAGCAGGAUGUGACUCAGGCGUCCCUGAGUGCAGCUCAGAGACAGGGAGGAACUGUACGCUCCAUCAGCAAGGACAACUCUUCCUCCUUAAAGAGAUCUAUGAUGAAACCACCUAGUCAAGCUGAUAAGGAAUCUGAAGCGGAGACGGGAUAUGUGCAAGCUCUGGACUCUGGAGGUACGCCACUGUGUUUGUCUUGCCAGAAGCCUAGUGUAGAUCACUCAGGCUGGGCAGGCGGAUUCUGCAGUGCCAGCUGCAUGGAGGAGCUUCAGCUGCGCUCCAGCCGAGGCUACGCCCGCUCUCGUGUGCUCGAGACAGAGCAAGGUGUCUGUCAGAGCUGUGGCCUUAACGCGCGCCAGCUUUACCUGCGUGUCCGAGACGCACCAAACACACACCGCAAAGAGAUACUGGACAACACAUGGCUUUCACAGCUGCCUCUCAAACAGCUGAACGAAAUGAUCCGUCACCCAGUAGAGGGCCACUUCUGGCAGGUGGACCACAUCAAGCCGGUGUACAGUGGAGGAGGACAGUGCCUUCUGGACAACCUGCAGACUCUCUGCACCGUCUGCCACCGCAUGAGGACGACACAGCAGGCCAGAGAGCGGAGCCAGAUGAAGAAAGGUGAAGCAGCGUCCAAACUGUCCUCAGACAUCAGCAGAUUCUUUAAGAAGCAAUAAGAAAUAAAACUACCACCACCAUGUUUCAGUCACAUAGGGGUAAAAAAAAAAAAGGAUCUUUGAUCUACUGACGUAGCAACUUUGCUAGGUUUAAGAAUGUGUUAUACACACACACACAGGCUGUGUCAGUAUCUAGUGUUUGUGUCUACAGCGAGGAUUUUUUUCUGUUUUGUUUUGUUUUUUUUAAUUAUGGGAAAGUUGUCCUUCAGAUCUUCAAAAGUAAGACAGGAAAAGAAGAGGAGAAGAAAAAGAAAGUGCGAAAGAUUUAAGAAGCGACUGCUGGUUUCCACAAUGGCCGUGGAGCUCUCAGUGCAGCACUGCUGAGUCGGUUCUACCGCAUGAUAACGCUUAAGUUUCGAGCACAGAAAGCAGGGAGUCCAAGCGUUAGCAGUGUUUGCUGCUAUUUUUAACCGGCGCAGGCUCUCCGAGCAUAAAAGCACCCUGCCGCAUGACUCUUAACAGUUUUUUUUUUUUUUUCUGCUUACUCUCAGCUGCAGCUGUAGAAGAAACAUUUGAAUGAUUUGUUUCUGCAUGUUUUGUACACGCGUCUCAAAACGAGAAUACAGCCUGAAUGUGAUUAAAAAAAGACCUGCGACUUCUCAAUCUAGGCUCCAGCUGAUGGAUUUUUUUUCUGUUAUAUAAAAAAAAGAAAGAAAGCCCUACUGCUUUGUUUGAAUCCAUCACAGCCCCUUAUGUAAUCUCGCCGAACGCCACGGGACCAGCACGGCUCGUCACCAUAGCAACCUGCCCCGGUGAUGGGCACCUAUGUGGAUAUGGAAGCUCUUACAACCGCAUUUCUGUUUAUAGACACCGCUCUGAGAGACGAGGUAGCGGCUUCAGAUCAAGCUGCACAGGGUUGCACCACCUCCAUCCAGAAAGAACUUUAAAUCCAGUUUUGUUUUUUUAUUAGGACGCCGUUACGUUUUGAGAGCUUUCACAUGGUAUAAAACAGUGGUUGGUUGAAGCACUUACUAUCUUAAGCCCAAUAAAGGAACAUUAAGCUUUAUAGUCAAGGCUGUUUCAGGUUCCCAAUGGGUUUACACUAAACGCUGCAAUGGGGUGUGUGUGUAUGUGUGUGGGGAUGUGUGUGUGUGUGAGAGAGAGAGACAGCAGUUUUGGUUAGAACUUUUACAUUAAUGCAGUCAUUCUGGUACAAUACUGUUUCUAUAGUAACUCUGGGAUGUGUGAGAAGAUGCUUCUAAUAUUACUAGUCUCCAGUGUAGCUACAUUUUCUCAUCUUUUGGUCUUUGUACGUUGUGAUGAAGCAACAACUUGUUUCACAGAAGUUCCACAACGUCGAAUGCAACUAUAAACGGAUAAAAGUUCAUGCGUUAAUAAAAUUGUUUCUUGUAUCUUCACCAAAAUCACCUUCUUUAAAAACUACUAACCUUUCAAUUUAUUUGUAAGAACGUCAUAAAUACAGAACUGAGCUGCAUCAUAAAUUCAAUAAAUACAAUAAAACCAAGCCAAAAUAAAUCCGAUUCCAGUCUAUGGCUGAUGUAUCACUAUGGAGUUUUGCCAUAUCUUCUCUCGUGUUU